GUAUCCUACGAGGCGUGUACCAGAGUGAACACCUGUUUGAGUCCGACCACCAAUCAGGAGCCUGGUGUAAAGAUCCAUUCCAGGCCUCUGAUAAGAUUUACUACAUGCCCUGGACUCCCUACCGCACCGACACUCUCACAGAGUACUCCUCCAAGGAGGACUUCAUCGCAGGAGCGGACGCGCAACAUCGUCAAGUUCGGCCUCCGCACGCGGAUCAAGAGCGGCGAGGCAUCAUCGCCAACGCCAACUACCACGACACGUCGCCGUACCGCUGGGGCGGCAAGUCGGACAUAGACCUCGCCGUCGACGAAAUGGGCCUCUGGGUUUUGUACGCCACGGAGACGAACAACGGACGCAUCGUGGUCUCGCAGCUCAACCCUUACACGCUCCGCAUAGAAGGCUCCUGGGACACCACCUACGACAAGCGGACCGCCUCCAACGCCUUCAUGGUGUGCGGCGUGCUCUACGUGGUGAAGUCCGUCUACGAGGACGACGACAACGAGGCCACGGGGAACAAGAUAGAUUAUAUGUACAGCACCACCCAGAGUAAAGAAACCUUUGUGUCCAUCCUGUUCCCUAACUCUUACCAGUACAUAGCAGCAGUGGACUACAAUCCCAGAGACAAUCUGCUGUACGUCUGGAACAACUAUCACGUAGUCAAAUACUUACUGGACUUCGGGAACAACGACAACAGAUUGGACUUGGUUCCUCCAGUCAUCCACGGGCCUCCCAAAGUCCCCUCCUCCUCUUCCUCCACCAGUCGGACCACGACCACCCGGUCUCCUCCCUACUAUACCACGGCGCGACCAAUCCUCACCACCUUCCCCGGUCAACGGUCCCGGACAACCACGACCGUGCGGAACCCUGCCGGUGGUGGCGUGGUCGUCCCCGGCGAUAACCAGAUCCCAGAGAUCGUUAACCCCGGUAACGGGCGGUCGGUGCCAGCCAUGGGUGUUCCCCCUCUGCCUCCCCAACCCCCGGUCAUACCCCCCCAGGACCACUGCUCCCCCAGGGUGACAGCUGAAGUGUCCUGGCCCAGAACCCAGCAGGGACAGAUGGCCAAGCAGCCCUGUCCUGUAGGGACACUAGGCGUAGCUACAUACGUGUGUGUUGCUCAGCAGGGCUACUGGGAUCCCCAAGGCCCCGACAUCAGCAACUGCACGUCUCCCUGGGUCAACCACAUCAUGCAGAAAUUGCGUAGUGGCGAGACGGCAGCCGUCGUUGCCAGGGAGCUGGCCGAGCAGACUAAAGGGUUGUUGCGUCCCGGUGACGUCCCCUCUACGGUGAGGGCCAUGGCCCAGCUGGUUGACCUGCUGGAUGUUCAGCUCAGAAACCUGACCCCCGGGGGCAAGGACAGCGCCGCCCGGAGCCUCAACAAGCUGCAGAAGAGAGAGAGGUUCUGCAGGUUUUUUCUCCAGGCCAUGGUUGAGACGGUGAAUAACUUGCUCCAGCCCAGGGCCCAGGCAGCAUGGAGACAGUUGCCCACGGGGGAGCAGCUUCGCUGGGCUACCACCCUGCUGGACACGGUGGAGGCUGGAGCUUUCAUGCUGGCUGAUAACCUGCUGAAGACGGACACCGUGGAGGAGAUCACCGACAACAUCCAGUUGGAGGUGGUGAGGCUGAGCACGGAGGGGAAUCUGGCUGACCUGACCUUCCCCCAGUCCGAACUACAUGGGAACUCCAUCCAGCUGUCUGCUAGCACGCUCAAACAGCACGGGAGGAAUGGUGAGAUCCGCAUGGUGUUCGUCCUCUACAGGAACCUGGGCUCCUACCUGUCUACAGAUAAUGCCAGUGUUGGUCUGGGCAGCGAGGCUCUCUAUCCUAACUACUCUGUCAUAGUCAACUCUCCUGUUAUUACUGCUUCUAUCAACAAGGAGAGCAACAAGGUCUAUCUGUCUGAACCGGUGGUCUUCACUGUCAAACACCUGCAG